GCAUUGCAAUACUUUAUCGUUAUUAUUAAUGUUGGGGUUUUUUGUGGAUCAUGUUUUUUCCCCGCUUUAGUAGAUAGCGGAACCAAGAAGCACGAGAACUUUUUCACCGUCGGACUCUUUAUGCGUUGGAUCAAAACACGCCGAACAAAGAAACUGCUCUGUUGUUGAGGUUGGAGUUGUUGGACGGGCGCGUACACACAUAAGAGGAAACAUGGCAGGUUUGGAGGUUUUGUUCACCUGCGUCUCUGACAACAUUAGGUCAGCACACGACGCCGUGGUUUGCUUCGUGCACUGGGAAAUGAUCAAGAGCGGAUACCGGUGUGUCGGCUCCGGAGACACGCCCAGUGGCUCUGAUAAGAAGUCGGAGAUGCUGCCCCGUGACUGGAGCAGCAACAGGGAGAUAUACAGCCUGAGAUACCAAGCAAAUGACAGCAGCGCACAACUGCUGCUCAAAGCCAUGGUCGUCGACUCCAGUUUGAUCUUCAACCUGAUGAACCUCAGCACGCAGCAGGUGUCAGACUUGACGGUGAACAUGAGCGAUCACGUGAACGCUGAUCAGUUGCACACAUUUGACAGUGUCUACAAAGAUGCCGACAGUCUGACGGUGAAGGUGAGGACUCAGCUGCUGCCGCCUCAGGAGACGACGACAGGACGGAGGACGACGAGGAAGAGUCGGAGGGACGAGGACGAGGAGCAGAGGAGAGGAAGAGAGGACAGCGACCCCCUGCGCAUCCCCAGCCGACAUCAUCCUCAUCCACACAGGCCCAACCCCAUGGUUCCUCCCUUUGCUGCAGGAGGAGCAGAUCUGGAUCCAUUUGGGUCUCACGGCAGCGGCGGGAUGAUAGUUGACCCGUUGAGGUCGGGUUAUCCUCGCUCUGGUUUUGAUCCGUCCAGUGGAAUUCCCGACAUUCUGCCUCCUGGUGCCGUUCCCCCCGGAGCUCGCUUUGACCCGUUUGGACCCAUCGGGCAACGGAGACCAGGGCCGGAUCCAGAUCACAUGCCUCCUCCUGGUUAUGACGACAUGUUCAUGUAGUUUUCCUGCAGCAGCAGCAGCAGCAGCAGCAGCCGCAGCAGCCGCAGCAGCAGCAGCAGCAGCAGCAGCAGCAGCAGCCGCAGCAGCCGCAGCAGCAGCAGAGUCAGAGUCUCACUUCACCUCCUCCCUGGUUUAAUCCAGUGCAGUCCCCUGACCUGGAAAUGACAUUUUCAUUCAGCUCCAACAUCUUAAUAACUUCCAUUAUGUGACAAAACAGAAAAAGCUUCCCCACAAAUAGAGACAGUGUAGAUGAAGGAUUUCCAAAGACUGGGUCGAGGCCCACAGAUGUUUUUUUGGCGGUCCCCAAACAAAGAAUUUUUCCCAACUUUUAGUUAAGAUUUAUGUGUUUAGGUUUAAAAAGAAACAAAGCAUGCAUAAAAUGAAGUUUUAACUCAUUUACUUAACAUGUUUUGGAAGAUGUGUUAGGUUUUACACAUAUGGCUGUAAAUGAGUCACUUCAUUUUGCACUAAUUUGUUCUAGUCACGAUUUAUAUUGUGUUUAAAUGAUAGUUUAAAAAGUGGGUACUCGUACAGAAAGUUUGGGGGAAAAUAGGGCUGCAACGACUUGGAGAUGAUUAAUCGAUUACUAAAUGUAUCAAUUAAUCAGUUUGAAGUUUUUUUUCAAUAAUUAAAACAAGUUUCUCUGAUUUUUCAGCUUCUUAAAUGUCAGUAUUUCCUGGUUUCUUUGCUCCAUACAACAAAGAAAUAAUUAAAACUAAAUCAUUUUAGUUUUUAAAUCAACACUUUUCAGCAUAUUAUGGAUCAAACAACUCAUUCAUUAAUGGAAGAAAUAAUGGACAGAUGAAUUGAUGAUGAAAGAAAUGGUUGGUUGCAGCCCUGAAAGAAAGUAAACAUUUAUAAUGUAUAAUGUGAAUUAGAGGUUAUAUUUGGAUUAUCCUGAAAACAACUCCUGUCUGUUUAGAUUUUCAUCGUUUCAUCAUUAAAUUGCAUCUUGUUCUUGAACAAAA